GGAAAAAAGACAAAUGCAAGAACCACAGCAUCCUUACCGGUAUGGCAGCUGGUGCAGUGUUUUCCGAUUGACCAGAGCUAUAGACUCGGUAAAACCGGACCAAAUCCGCACACCCGUGCACAGAAGUCGGGAAUCUCCAGACCACUGUUGUCUUCGCGGCAGCGCGGUAUCCUUCAUUCAGGGGACAGCUCUCGGGGAGACGAGACGAACGGGAGGAGCUGGAAGGACACGGCAGUCAGCAGCACGGAGACAAAGAGCGGAUAGGACAGAAGCGGACGAAAAGUGGAGUUAUGCAGACAUAAGCGGAAGAAGAGCAGGCAUCACGAAGAGAACGGAAUCCGCAGCGGCGUUGACAGCUAUACGGCGGAGUAGAAAGAAAUUCUGGAGGCAAUGAAAUCGUCAGCUAAGAACAUCCUUCGAGUGGUCAUCCUCUGCGGGGUUCUCGCCACCAGUUUGGCAGCCAAGGGCCUGUGCCGUCCGGCCUGCGCCGCGCCGGAGGUGUGCGAGCCCUGCGGUGCCGGCCACUGCUGUCGGUACCCGGACGGUGUGCGCCACUGGGGGCAGUGGUGCUGCCACCGCUACUGCCAGUUCGGCGAGGUGUGCGUCAGCAGCGCGUGCCACGAGGGAAGCGAGUGCCGCUGGCCGUGGCAGGUCCGACCCGGGGAGGUGUAUCAGGCCAACUCGUCGGCGGAACAAGCUGUUGAAGAGUUUCUGAGGUUGAUGAAGGCUUAUGGAACACAGGGAGUACCGAACCAAGAGCAUGCUCACAAGGAUGACACCCAUGCAAACGUGAAACCCACACAGCCGGAGCCAGGAGCGUCCAAGACAGCGACGAACACGCUUCCAGGGUUGGAGACUCCCCAGCAGGGCUUCAACAAAGUCCCGACUGAGACAUUCCCGUCGCUGGCUGCUGGCGACCCUCUCAGAGGUGCGGCCGCCCAGCCCUCCGUGCCGAGGGAUAUAGCCCGAGGCUCUGCUCUGACGCCGCAGACAGCCCACCACGUGCUUCAAAAACACUACCUGCCUCCCCCUACUGGAUACCUUCCUCCCCCUAGAGGUUAUCUGCCUCCCCCUCCCCAUAAAUACUUGCCCCCUGACGAGGGCCGGGUUAUAGUCAGAUGGCAAUAGAAAGAUCGAGAGGUAUAUGAUUUAAUAAUGAAUAAGAAAUGAAACCAACACAAAACAAUAAACACAAAAAUAGCUGGCUCCACUUCUGGUAACCUUCAACUCCAAUCUCAGCAAACAAGUGGAAUUCUUACGAUACCUACACACCUGCAAAAGUUCUGUCAGCUCCGAAGCUUUGCGGUGUGAGUUGUGACUAGCCUUUCUGCCCUAAAAACAUCGUCUCGAUCUCGAACUCAGAACGGAAAAUACAAGGGUAACAUUUGACA